AUGGCAUCGCCGCUCUCGUCGUCGCAGACGGCGCCCUCGCGCGUGCAGGUGCCCAGCAACUUGGCCCAGCUGCGCGCGUUUCUCGCCGACCCGCCGCUGUCGCCGCGCUCGCGCGUGCUGGCACGAUCGUUCGCACUGGGCUACUCGGCCAACGCGGUGCUCGAUGGCAUCCUUCCUCUGGCGCUGCGCAAAAAGUCGCCGCGCGACGCACUGCGUGCAUUCGUCUCGCUCACCUCCAUCCGCUCCGGCGCCGUGCUCGCGCUCUUCUCCGCGAUCUAUCGCGCGCUGCUGGCGCACUUGACGCGGCUGCGACUCCAGCUGCUCGCACGAUCCUUCAACCGCGAUCGGCUCGACUAUGCCGUGACACGCGACAGGAUCAAGGCGCGCAUGGCGCGCGUGCUCGAGUCCGCCGCGCUUGUGCCGUUCGCCGCCGCCCUGGCUGCAUCGAGCGUGCUGGCGGCCUUCCCGAUCCCGUCGCUGCGCAGGUCGAUGGCGCUGUGGCUCAGCACCAAGGCGGUGGAGAACCUGUAUACGCAUCUGCGUGCGGUCAAGUCGCGCUCGGUCAGCUGGGUGCCAGACUGGAUCGGAGGCGCCUUCUUCUACGCGAUCGCCAACGGCCAGCUGCUGUGGACGUUCCUCUUCGAGCCGAGCUGCUUCCCCGCUUCGUACGGACGCGUGAUCCUGGCGCGCAGCACAUCCUACAUCCCACCCCGACCUGCGGGGCUGCCGACGUCGAUCCCCUGGCCUGCACCGCGCGAUGUGGCCGAUACCAUCGCUCUGCUCUCCACACCCACGCGCACCACAGCAGCAUAUCCCGCGUUCAAAGCGCCGGUGCUGUCGGCACUCACGCCGUCCAGGUAUCCCACCACCAAGUACGCGCUCAUCAAUCCUGUGCUCGACUAUGCACCUGCGCAUCCGGCGCACUCGCGGCUGCUGUGUGCGCUGCUGCAUCCUACCGAGCCAUCGUGCUCGCGCAACUUCCUCGGCUUCUUUGCACGCGAGUGGCAGGCCUCGGCCAAGUUCGUCGCCGUCUUUACUGCCGCCGCCCAGCUGUUAUCUUAUCGCAAGGUGCUCAAGGAUCCAGAGACGGCGCUGUUCCGCUUUGCGCUCGCGGUGGUGCAGGGAGCUACGGUGAUUUCAGGCAGUAUCGGGACUGCCUGGGGGCUUACGUGCUUCUUCCAGCACUACCUCCCGCGUACACUGCUGCCCACCAAGCGGUACUUCCUCAACGGCUUCCUGAGCAGCGUUUUCAUUCUUGCUGUCCCGCAUGCAAGACGUGCACAGCUCGGCUCGUAUGUGACACGACAGUCGAUCGAUGCCAGUCUUGGCGUUGCCAAGCGCAGAGGGUGGGUGAAGAGCGUCCCGCAUGCCGAUACCGCCGUGCUGGCGCUGGGGCUCGCAACGCUCACGGCGCUGUACGAGACAAGGCCAAAGGCGGUCGAGAGCUCGGUGCGAAAGUCGCUCUGGCUGCUGCUCGGCACCUCCGCCACCGCCGAUACCCACAAGCAGGCCGAGCUCGAGUGGAAGCCCGACCAAGUCAAGCACGCCAAGGCGCAGUAG